AUGUCUCUUAAUUUUUCUGAUAAUUCCAAGAAAGAGGCAUGGUUUGAUGAAGAUAUGUUUUUCAAUAAAACGAAUCCUACUAAAGUGAAUAUCACUACUUUAGAUGAUAAUGAUGUGUAUUUUGAUGAGGCGAAUGAAGAGGUCCCUUCAGGAUCAGAUAAUACGCAUGAUGUUCUUUGGUCUUUUCAUUAA